UAAGAAGAGAUACUGCACGCUAGCAGAAUCUGAACGUUUUUUUGUUUGUCUGAUUUUGUUGACUUUUAUGAUUCUGUAGUUCAAAAUCUAAGAGCAGCAACUUGACAGCGAUUUUUAAAAAAGAGACAAGCAGUCUGAAUGGCUUUUAGUCUGUUCUUUAGGUUCAGAAAAGGGACGUCUAUUAUAGUACUAAGUUAAUCUUAUCCUUCCUUUGCCCUGUAUAUUUAUUACACGGCGUUGUUGAAUACUCGAUUCUGAUUGGUUAAUCACGGCGUUCUACGGUCUGCUAUUUUUCUGUAGCAGACCGUCGCUAUGUGUAGUAGACCGUUGCUAUGGACGAAAUUCUGAUGUCCCACUCUGGUCGACCGUCUAUGUGUCAAAUUAUUAAUUUAUUAAAGAUCAUUUAUUUUAUUUUAUUUUUUUGGCUUUUCAAUGCCUUUAUUGAUAAAGAGAGAGAUAGUAAUGAGAGAGAGAGUGAGGGAGGGGUUAAUAUACAGCAAAGGGCCAAAGGUUGGAUCCGAACUCUGAGCCGCUGCGUUAAGGACUCAGCCUUGGUACAUGGGACGCCCACUCUACCAGCAGAUAUCAUGGAAAAGGGUCAGGACCUACCACCGCCGUACCCCGGUCUCCCUAUCUACAACAACGUGGGAGUCUACCAAAAUCAGCCUGGCAUCCAAGCUCAGCCUGGCAUCCAAGCUCAGCCUGUCAUGCAACCUCUGCCUGGCAUCCAAGCUCAGCCUGUCAUGCAACCUCUGCCUGGCUACCAGCCCAGCUAUGAAGUUCAAAGUGUUACUUACCAGUACAGCCUACAACAACCUCAGUUCGUCGAACCCGUGAGCCAGGUGGUAAUGGUUCAGCAGCUGCCGGAGGAUUUUCCCGGACAGAUGGUGUGUCCUUACUGCCAAAGCACUAUUGUCACUAAAGUCAAGUACAAAGCUGGUCUGUUCACCUGGAUGAUCUGUGGCAUACUAGCAUUCUUCUUGUGCUGGCCUUGCUGUCUCAUCCCCUUCUGGGUGGAUGAUUGCAAGGAUGUGGAGCAUUGCUGCCCCAACUGUGAACGGGUCCUGCACGUCUAUAAACGCAUGUGAACCAAGCACUGCAGUAUCAACUCAGCUGACGUCAUAACAAAAGGUAGUGAAGACAACCGUGACUAAAGAAACAUUCAGGACAGGACCAAAACCUCUUUAUGCAAACACAUCAGGCGUCAUCAUGAACCCUGUGCUCACUUGUGUAAAAUGUGGGUUGUACCUGCAUUACUCUGCACUGUACUAGAAGACUCCAUACAAGCUGUGAAUUCUUCUUCUCUUUAUCUGUUGAUUUAAAAUGUGCAAUCGUGUUGUAAAAAUGUUAAAUGUGAAAAAUCAAAUUAUCAUAAUCAUAUUUUUUCUUGGCUUGACCUGCGUGAUGUUGUCUCAGUAUAAUAUACCAUGUUACAUUUAAUCUGUCCAGUGGAUUCUUUUAUGUGGGUUUUUUUAAAGGCUGCAAAUAAAUUCAAUUUAUAGGGCUUUUCAUUUGCAUCUAAACUUAUUAUAUUGAUUUAAUUUUUAUUGCAUUUUGGAUUUUUUUAUUUAAAUUUAAAUUUCAGUUCUUUUAUAUGGUGACAAAAAAAUAUUUGUUUUUAUUGAAGACUAAAUAUUUCAACAUGAACAAAUUCACUCAAUUUGUGGAAAAAUCUUUGUUUAAAAGUUUUCAAUAUUGCACAGUCUUUUAACAACAUGAUGAGACUUGAACAUAUUUUCACGGAACACUAAUAUUAAAAAAUAAUAGGAUUAACUAUUAAUAAUAGUUAAAUAGGCGGACUACCAUCAUCUUAAGUUAGAUUUAUUGAUUAAACUCCUUCUGUUAACAGUUGAAAGCCUUUUAUGGCAACAAUAACCAACUCACUAUUUGUACCAUAAAAUGAUUCAAAUGAAUAAAUCACCAAUAGAUCACCA